GUAGCAAUGCACGUAAAAUCCGACUCGGAGGUGACGAGCCUCGACGCCGCCGCGUUCCCCUCGGCGGCCCCUGUACUGCGUGCAGAGCCAUUCCCACUCUCACCACGACCUCGAGAAGAUAUCCUACGGCUCCAGCCCCUUCGCCUCCCCCGCCCACCCCCACUUCCACUACCACUACCACUGCUCCCCUAUCCACCACUCCCGCGAGUCCUCCACCUCCCGCUUCUCCGCCUCCCUCAAGAACCCCCGCCACUCCUCCGGCUGGCGCCGAAUGCACCUCAAGUACGACCACCACGGCCCGAGGCGGAAGGCGCCGAGGAGGCAGAGGGUGAGGAUAACAGAGAAGACGGCGCCCAGGUGAAAAAAGUGAGGUUCUACGUGGCGUGCUUUCUGCUCUCGUUUGUGGUGCUGUUUACUAUUUUCUCUUUGAUUCUUUGGGCGGCGAGUUUUUCUGACAAGCCCAAGAUUCUUGUUAAGAUCUUCUAUCGCAAUCCAGCCACCUUCUUUGGCGUCCACGUCACCUCCACCCCCCUCGAGCUUCACUACUUUGACCUCAAGGUCGUGUCCGGCCAUAUGGCGAAGUUCUAUCAGUCGAGGAAGAGCGAAAGGAAAGUGAUUGUAGUUGUUCAGGGGCGGCAGGUGCCCCUCUAUGGAGGGAUGGCAGCUCUGGACGUUGCUAAGGGGCGUGUGGACGACAUUUCAGUGCCACUGAACCUAAGCUUUGUAAUAAGAUCGAGGGUGUACAUCUUAGGAAGACUGGUGAAGCCCAAGUUCUACAGAAAAGUUAUGUGUGAAGUUAGCCUUAGAGGUAACCAUUUGGGCAAGCCACUUAGUAUGAUCAAGUCUGAUUCUUGUGUUUAUCAUUAGGAGAUAGUACUAGUUUGUAGUGACUAUAUUUAUAUAUGCAAAUAUUCUUCUCUUGCUCGUGCA